CUCCGCGCAACUGUCCGAGGGAGGUGGGAAAUGUGUGAGAGGGGCGGGGGGAAGACAAACAUUCUCAAAAAAUAUUAAAAAGAAAACAUCCCACUUGGCAGCGGGUGCGCGGGAAGUUCAGCGCGCGAGUUCCGGGUUUCCCGCCAGCCGCCAGCCCGCCCCCCGCCGGCCGCAGCCCGGGAAUCGCACUGAGAGCUCCUCGGGACAGGCUCGCGGUGGGGAGGAGCAAGGAGAUGAAUGUGGCAGCGAAGUACCGCCAGGCGUCGCUGUACGUGGGUGACCUCCACGCAGAUGUCACCGAGGACUUGCUGUUCAAAAAGUUCAGCACCGUGGGGCCUGUGCUGUCCAUCCGCAUCUGCAGGGACCUGGUCACCCGCCGCUCUCUGGGCUAUGCCUACGUGAACUUCCUGAAGCUGGCCGAUGCCCAGAGGGCCCUGGACACGAUGAACUUUGACACGAUAAAGGGCAAACCCAUCCGCCUCAUGUGGUCUCAGCGCGAUGCCUACUUAAGGAAGUCGGGCAUCGGGAACGUGUUCAUCAAGAAUCUGGACAGAUCCAUUGAUAACAAAACCCUCUAUGAACAUUUUUCAGCCUUUGGGAAGAUCCUUUCCUCCAAGGUGAUGAGUGAUGACCAAGGAUCUAGGGGCUAUGCAUUUGUGCACUUUCAGAACCAGAUCGCAGCCGACAGGGCCAUCGAGGAGAUGAAUGGGGCUCUGCUUAAGGACUGCAGGCUGUUUGUCGGCAGAUUCAAAAACCGUAAAGAUCGGGAAGCCGAGCUCCGCAACAAGGCCAAUGAAUUCACCAAUGUUUACAUCAAAAACUUUGGAGAUGACAUGGAUGAUGAGAGACUGAAGGAAGUUUUCAGUAAAUAUGGUAAAACCCUGAGUGUGAAGGUGAUGACAGAUUCCAGUGGGAAAUCCAAAGGCUUUGGCUUUGUGAGUUUUGAUAGCCAUGAGGCUGCCAAAAAGGCCGUUGAAGAAAUGAAUGGAAAGGAUAUAAACGGACAGCUGCUUUUUGUAGGCCGGGCGCAAAAGAAAUCCGAGCGACAGGCCGAGUUAAAGCAAGUGUUUGAGCAGCUGAAACAGGAAAGAUUUCGGAGGUGCCAAGGCAUGAAGCUCUAUAUUAAGAAUCUCGAUGACACCAUUGAUGAUGAGAAACUGUGGAGGGAAUUUUCUUCAUUUGGAUCAAUUAGCAGAGUCAAGAUAAUGCGGGAAGAAGGGCGAAGCAAAGGGUUUGGCUUGAUCUGCUUCUCCUCUCCUGAGGAGGCCACUAAAGCAAUGGCUGAGAUGAAUGGCCGUAUCUUGGGCUCCAAGCCACUCUACAUUGCCCUGGCCCAGAAGCCCUAGGAGAGAAACACUUACCACGGCAGCCCGUGUUUGCAGCAGCCUUGGGAAUGACAGUGAUCUCUGCCUGAAUUAGCCUCAGGAACAUUUCAAAUCCCAGCUGAUGGUCCCUUGAUUUAGUAAACUUUGUGAUAAAAGGUUUUGUAUAUGAAGCUAUUUUUUCUUUGGUGGAAAAAUAAAUGAAUCUCGGAAGCUUGAUUCAUUUCACAGGGGCCCAUCUUCUAAUUAUAAUAUUGUGUAUUAUUCUGAUUUUGAUUUAGUAUUCAUAGCAAUAAGAAUAAUUAGAUAUAUUUUUAUUACAUUUUGAACCAUCUGCAGUGAGGUAAUUAUUUGAGUUCAUAUCAUAUUUUCUUUCUUAUUUUAAUAAUAUUCCUAGCUUUAAUUUCUUCUGUGAAAAUAUGCUAAAAAUAGUUCUUAUACCUAAGAAUCACAAAGUGAUUUAUUUUUACAAACAGAAAUUUUCUAAUUUCUCAUUUCAACUUUUUAAAAGAAACCAAAGGUUUAAGAAUUGCUAGUGUAAAUUCAGUAUGUAAUUUCAUUCUGAAUUAAUGUUUAACAUACUAGGAAGUAGUUCAGUUUCUUUUCAAUGUAUAUACAGAUAUGAUUGUUUUUCUGAUGGCUGAAAUUAAUGAUGGAGUUUUUUAAUGUUGCCUACAAAUCUGAUUGAUAGGAUAUUUUGCUGUUCUUUCCAUUGGUAGGCUAUAGUUCAGGGACUUGUUGAUUAUCAAAAUUGGGACUUGAGUGGUAAAACUUUAACUUCAACAUUCCUUAUGUUAUAUCCUUGUAUCAAUUAAGGUGACAAAAAGUAAGCUUUAUCUUAAUUCUCUUCCUAUUUGUACAGUUUAGGAUUAUGCCUUAACUUUUUGCCAGGCACCAAUAUUAAUCAAAGUCCUAUAUAGAGAACAUAGAAAUUCUUCUUAACAAAUGUUUCUCAAUCUAUAUUUUAUAUUGGUCGAUGUAAUGAUAUUAUCUCAGGGUUCAGAAAGUAUGUUUCUUUGUUUCUAUUAACUCAUGUCUCUUUUUAUUAGACUGUGAGUGCUACUGAAUUAACAUUCAGUUUUAGCCUUGAUUUAUCAGAAGCUCACUGAUUUUCUGACAAAUUGAGAUUUCAUCAAUUUACCUAUUUUCUAGUAAAAUUUUUAUUUUGGUCCCAUUUCCAGGUCUCUCUUUCUCUCCUACCUUUGAUCUAUAUUAUUCAACUUUGUUUUAUACUUUUUUAAAAAGGGCUUUAUUAUAUUGAUUUUUAUCAUGUGCCAUUUGAAAUCCACCUUGGAAACCGAGACAAGAGUUAUUUAUUUACAUUUGAAUAAUUACUUUUAAAAUUCUGUUUUACCAAAGGUGUCUGGAGAAUAGGUUUGUUGUUCUUGUUGUUGCUGUUUUAUUUUAUUUUAUUUUUUUUAUCUGCUUAGUGGUUUCCUGUAACCAUAUAUUCAAAUCUUCCAUUUCUUAUAUUAUCAAUACAAAAGAUAUAUUAAAAUAUUUUCUUUGGCAAUACUUUAGCUAUGAGAGAAUGAGAAAAUCUGUUUCUGUUUAUUUUCAUAUAACUAUAUGUUUAUUCUGGCACAUUUUCUAAAUUAAAAGUCUCUUUUAAACAAUGAAAAAAUUAUGGAAAACGAAAAAAUUUACAGCAACAUAUGAUACCAUUAUGCAGACAAAUCUUCUGUUAAAAUUUGUUGCAUUAUCUUCCCAAAUUUUAUACAAUACACAUAGAUACUUUAACAAAAAAAGAAUCAUAUUAUAACUUCUAUAAAUUAUUUUCUUUAUUUUACAGUAUGCCAUAGUCAACUUGCAUAUCCACAAAUAAUUAUCUGCAUUAUAAUUUUAAUGAGUUUUGUUCCUUCAAUGUUUGUACCAUAAUAUAAUGAAUUUCCUCUUGAAACACUUGUAUCAAGAUUGUUACAUUGUUUCCUAUGCCCCCCCCCCUUUUUUUUUCUGUCAUAGACAGCUUGGAGAUCAACAUCCUUGCAAAUUUAUGUAUGCUGAUAUAUCCAAUUAUUUUCUUACAAAAAUAUGUAGUUCAUUGGAAUUAAUGUUUAAAAGGUGAGCAAUUUUUAAAAUCACUUUGAUGAAUAUUGCCCAAAUGUUCUCCUGAAAAUUUGUGCCAUUUCCAUUAUCAGUGUGGAGGAUUGUCCAUUUCCAUAUUCCCCAAGAACAAGGGAUUAUGUUUAAGUUGUUAUCUAAUUCAACAUGAUGCAUAAAGCAGAAUAUUUCAUGGUUACUUUUUUUUUUUAUUAUACAAAAGUUAAACAGCAUUUCUUCUAUCUGUUGGCCAUAUGCGUUUUCAUAUUUGUGAACUAAUGUUUCAUGAUUUUAGUUUGUUUUUCUUUUGGGUUGUUUUUCAUUUGUGUGGAUUUAUGACAUUUCUUUACAUAUUAAGGACAAAAUGUUAGACUGUUUUCCCCUGAUAUUUCCACUUUGUAGUCUUGAGGGUCAUUCCAAAGUUAAAUUUUUAACUCAGAUUUUUUAGUCUUUUACUUAGAUGGCUUUGAUGUCAUGAUUCAAAACACUUUGAACCAUUCAAAUAUACAUGCAGACACACACACACACAAUUAAUUGGUGUUAUCUUCUGUUACUUUCAGAGUUUUAUAUUCUCAACAAUUUCUAAGCACAACUUUUGUCUGUGGAGUAUUUUAUCAACAGCCUAUAGUAAAUCCUUUAAAAUUGUCUUCCUUUUCAACCUUUAUUAAUAUGUUUGGUCAAUACCUACCUUCUGUAAGAAUCUCUGUGACACUCAUACCUACUGUAAUUCACUGGGCCUGUGAAUCACCGUGUGAGGUAUUUACUUCAAAAGCACAGCGUUACUGAGAAGGAGACUAGGCAACAGGGCUGGGAAGUGUAGUGGGCGUGUCAAGCCUUGACAUCUCUUUCUGGAUAAUCCAGUCUAUCGAAGUGUUCAAAUAUUUGAACAAUAUUUCAUCAUGCUUGUAAAUGGAUUGUUGAGAUAAUAUCAGGGAACUGAGUUCUCUGCUAUGUGCACAAGGAAUUAAUAGGACAUAAGAUCAGAUGUCUGGAUGAAUUGUAGCUGUAGCUUCGUGACACAAUAUUCUACCAUUUUAGGAGAAUUUGCUUAUUCUUAAUAUUUACUGUGAGAAAUGACUAAGCUCACAAAAAUACAUAAUCCCGUGGAUUUUCCUGAUUAAUUUAUUUAAAUGUUUGCUUUCUCAAUUGUGUGCGUGUGUGUGUGUGUGUGUGUGUGAUAGUAUCGAGUAAUCCUAGUUGGCAGUGUAAGUUCAUUCUUUGAAGAAAAUUUAAUUAUUAUGCCCAAGUGUCUUGAGAAAUAAGAAUCUUUACUUUUCUGAUAAGCAUUCCAGUAAGAGCUAAUUUCUAUAGGUGCCUUGAGCAACUCUAUUCUUGCAUCCCUCUCCAUACACACAUUGCCAACUUUGUUGUAUGGAUGCCUGCUUGCAUGCACAGCCAAUUCAAUAAAUGUGCCUUCUAACA